CCUUGCCGGGCUUUACCAAAAACAAAAUCAACUCCAUUCCCACAUUCCCAUUUCCAUUCAUAUCAUUUGUUCCAGUUCUACACACCCCUUCACAAAUCACAGCAACUCAAAGCAACAAGAAGAGAGAGAAAGAGAGAAAAAUGGGUAGGAAGAGCUUCAAGGUAGAGUUCGAUGAAUCCCCACCAGAUGACUUCGAUCCAGCAAACCCAUACAAAGACCCUGUUGCAAUGCUCGAAAUGCGCGAGCAUUUGGUUCGUGAGAAAUGGAUCGACAUUGAAACUGCCAAGAUUCUUCGGGAUAAACUCAGGUGGUGUUACCGGAUUGAGGGUGUUAACCACCUUCAAAAGUGUCGUCACCUUGUCAAUCAAUAUCUUGAGGCCACCCGCGGCGUCGGCUGGAACAAGGAUCAUCGCCCUCACUCCCUCCAUGGUCCUAAAGUGGAAUCUGUUGAGGCUGAAUGAUUUUGACUUGUUCUUGCAUUAUUUUGAGAUCACUAAACCUGGUACAAUGCUGGUGGAGUAAAGAAUGUAUUGGUAUUAUACUGCUGGCCUGUUGAAAUUGUGCCAUGACAUUUGCUGUGUAGUUUAUUUCAUCUUGUUCUCACUCUUUAAAAGUUGUGUAGAUCUUGAUGGAUUUUACUUUUGGAAUAAAUUGUUGUGUUACCUGGCUUUGAGCUAUAUUGGAUCGCCUUGCUGUAUGUUAUCAUGCUUUAUAUUGCUUACUCUGCAGAGUCGGAGACUUCGAUUUC